AUGAAAUUUACUUCGAAUAUUAUUACCAUAUUGUUCAUUUCGAUUCUUAUUGAUUUCUUGGAAUUUACAAUUAUUUUGCCUUUACUACCGAAAAUCUUGACAUAUUAUGGAAGUGGAACAGGUGUAAGUCAUGAUUCACUUUAUGUUCAAACGAUGUCGUUCGUUCGGUUUAUUCAAGACUUAACCGGAGCGCCAAAUGAUGCAAAAUGGAAUUCUGUUUUAUUCGGAGGAAUAUUUGGCUCUCUGUUUUCUUUAUUACAAUUCUUUUCUUCAACAUUAUGUGGUGCUGCAUCGGAUCGAUACGGUCGAAAGCCAAUGCUUCUUCUUUCAAUGAUAGGAAUAUCACUUUCAUAUGCAAUAUGGUGUGUUUCAUUGAAUUUAACUGUGUUUAUGAUCGCGCGGAUCAUCGGCGGAUUAUCCAAGGCGAAUGUCGCGAUCAUAUUGGCAAUCGUGUCGGACUCGACAACAGAAAAUGAACGAAAUCGUGCAAUGGCGUGGAUUGGUGCUGCUUUUUCGCUUGGCUUCAUCUUCGGACCUUUACUUGGUGCUCUGUGCAGUCACUUGGGUGCGGUCUACUGGCCACAGUCAACCGUGAUGUUUUUUAUUUUUCCUGCCAUCGUGUCGUUAGUAUUAUCAUUGAUAAAUAUCGCUUUUAUCAGUCAAUUCUGUCCCGAAACAUUACCAAUGUCGAAACGAGAUGCGAAAGAAACUACGGUGGACGAUGUCUACAAUGCAGUCUUACCAUGGCAUCUAUUUCGCUUCACCGCGAUUCACAAUUGUAAAUCUCUCGAUGAUCUAGCAAUUCUACGUCGAUUAGGUUUAGCAAGUUUUCUCUACAUGAUCGUUUUCUCCGGCCUGGAAUUCACCAUUACGUUUCUUGUCUACAAUCGAUUCAAUUGGAAUAGCAUGCAACAAGGAAAAAUGUUUUUCAUUAUGGGUCUAUGCAUGGCAUUAGUACAAGGCGGAUACGUUCGACGAAUUCCACAUGGUAAAGAGAUCAUUGGAUCUAUGACUGUAAGUAUAGUUUCAGAUUGGGAUUGA